CGAAACAGCCAGCGUUGCAGCGGUUGCCGGCCGGCGUGCCGGCGUAAAGCCCCAAAAUCCUUACACCGUUACACGAGCUACGACGCCGACGACACCGCGUGAAAUGAAAUAAAACCGCAGGGCAGGCGCACGACGGCACGAGGCGGAAGCGAGCACGUACCGGCGCGCCGCCAACCGGCCCGGCCAUGCAGGCACGCACGCACGCACGGGUGUCGCCAUUGUUACUCCCCGGUGUGCUCACUGUCACGUCAUGUCAUUAAGCGCAAGACAGCAACCAUCCUCGGUCAGCAGAGAUGUGCUUAGCUCCGGCGGCGGCGACUAUGGCGGAGGCAGCAGCCGACGUGCUAUGUCCGCCGGGCCACCACCACAGCAGCCCGGGCGACGACCAGCGGCAGCAGCCGCACGGCUGGCCUGGCAGGAAGCCCUGCCGCCCCCGCGUGGACGACGACGACGCUGCUGCGUUCGGAGGCAGCAGUAAAGUCCGUCGACCGGCGGGCUCCUCCUCCUCGUCGUCGUCGGCGCCGGUGGCCAUCGUCAUCCCCGUAGCCGCAGUGAAGAGGCGGCCAUCCUCCUCCUCAUGGGCGGCGGAGGAGGACUACUACGGCGACGACGGUGAGGCGGCGGCGUUUGUGCCGCCGCACGUAGCUCUGGCGGCGAGGUGGCGGCUGUCGGAGGGGAGGGCGGCCUCGUCCAUGUGCGAGGGGCGCGGCCGCACGCUCAAGGGCCGCGACCUCCAGUCCGUGCGCAACGCCGUGCUCCGCAUGACCGGGUUCAUCGAGACCGCCUGAUGCAUCCUCUCCUGCUGCGUGCAAUGCAAUCAGGACGACGAUGAUCCGUAGCUAAUAAGCUUUUGAUUUUUAGCCGAGCCGAGCAGUUUUGCAUUUCAGUUAAUUUUCAAAUCGACUGUGUAAUAUAGGAGUAGUUUCCAAAUUCGCAGAAUGAGGGUUAGUUUGCAUUUUUUUUUUAAAAGAUGGAGUUUAUUUGUAAAUUUCCAAUUAAAUAUGCUGCUGCGUCAGCGUGAGUUCGUGUGGGCAUGAUGGAUCUAGAACGAUGGACAUUCAGUUCA